AUCUUAUCCACCUUGCUCAAUUAAAGACGCGAUCGCGCCGAGCUCACUACCUACUUAGUACUUACCACCAUCCACUUUAACUUCAACAACCUCUUCAACGUUAACGUUCAACGUCAAACUUCCAACAAUGCACAAGAUAUCUGCAGACUUGACCAUGGCUUGGUAUCCGCAUACCCUCCAGACUGCUCUGUUCUCGGACGGAAUUUGGAAUUUGAUUUCAUGGAUCGCAUUCUUUUUUAAACUAGCAAGCCUAGCUUUUGCCGUCCCCAUCAUGAGCCUCAUCGUCUUCGACUUCUGCCUUUGGCUUUGGCGACUGAACCGACCUCAACCUAAUGACAUUUCGGAACCCGGUCGCAUCUCGCGCAAGGGUACGGAACGACGAACAAGCCUGGCGAAAUCACCAAAUGACGCCGGCUCCACAACUGCGCUUGCCUCCGGCCCAUCCGCGAGUCAGAAACGUACCGUCCACUCGGGACAUGCCUACGAUUAGCCACGAAAUAUGCGGAAUACGAUGCCUAUAAUGCUAUAGACAACGACA